AUAAGAUGAUAUGGGAUGUUGAAUUUAUAGUACCAGCCUUUUUCUUAUCUGCAUCUUACUCAUGCACGGCUGUUUGAUCGUUCUCUCAUUUUUUUUGUCACUUGCCUUUUUUGUCAAAUUCAUCCCUACCUACCUACCUACUCUACUCUACUCUGCCUCUCUCUCUCUCUCUCUCUGCCUGUCAUCCUGUGCAAGUUUCCCUGUCAAGGUCCAUGCUUUAAUAGUUGCGGCAACAUGCAUAAGCCUGGCCGGUUUAGGCCAUCCGCCGGCUAGGACCAGAGCCUGAGAUUUCGGCUACCAUCCACGUGCUCUUUGUUGGUCUGCUUGUACAUACAAAUCUCUUGCCGCUGUUGCGAUCCUUGUCAGCGUUCCGUUUGUUUCUCUAUGCAGUCUCGUUUACUCCAGUUCAGCACAUUUCAAACCCAUCAUCAUUCUUCCUGAUCCAAUUUCCCAUCUGAAUCCCUAAGAUCCAAGAUAUUCUAGUCAAGUCAGACGAUCAAUGCCCGAAAGGAACAGAAAAUGAUAAAGGAAGAAACAAAAGCCACUGCCAGCAAGAUGGCAUCUUUCCCCUUCUUCAGCUUCCCCCCAGAGAUCAGACACCUCAUCUAUGAAUGGAUGCUCUGCGACUUCACAGCACCCAGAAAGGUAGACCCGGCCACAUUCCCAGAUGACAUGGUGCGUGCCCCCUUGAAGCUGGGCCUCGAGAACCUCUCACCCGCCAUCCUCCGCACCAGCCGCCGGGUCCACGCCGAAGCCACGGCCGUCAUGGUGCGCAGGUGCCGCUUCGUCCACAUAAGCGCCACGCUCGACUACUGGUCCAUCAGGUCCGUCGUGCCGCGGAAGCUCGGCGUGCUGUGUACCGAGGGCGAACUCAUCGAGCGCUUCCGCGGCUGCGUCAUGACCAUCCACUUGGCCUCCACCGCAUCCCCCUAUUCUCGCGAGCACCGCAUCGACUGCCUGGUCCUGGGCCGUGACCUCGACGCCUACUGCCAGACCCUGGGCAGCUGGGUCGACGUGCCGCCCGACUUUGGCCGCCGGACCAGCCUCACCCUCGUGCUCGGCAACCCGCUCAACGACCCCGGCCAGCACGUCGAGUUUGUGCACAAGGCGCUGCUACGGCCUUUUCUCAGGUGGGUGCGCGGCCUGGAGCGCGUCGAGGUCCGCAGCCGGGGCCCGCUCGCUCUUCCUGAGGCUCUGGUCGACGACGUCGAGACCACGCUCGUGAGACCGAGGUGGGAGGACUUUGACCCGGCGCAGCUGCUGGGUCAGUUCAGAAACCAGUACCUCCGCUGCGGCUUCUGGUCGGUGGUGGAGCAGGCGAAAGACAUCGCUAGGGACCCGCAGCUGUGGCCGCGGCUCAUGGAGCUGGGCGGGCCGGGAUUCCUUGGUAAAUUCGGCGACUUUCUGUUUGAGAUCUUCAUCGGUCAGACGGUGUCCAUUGAUGAGAAGCGGGGGGAUAAGGAGUGCGUCAUGUCGCUCUUGGGUUCCGACUUGUUCACCUUCAAAGCGCUGCGUGUCCUGCAAGAUAUUGGGACUAUCCCCAAUAUAAUAAAAGCGAGCUGGGAGCCCAACAAUGCACAACUAUCCGAGCUAUACUUCCGCAAAGCCAAUGUCUGCCACUUCAGGAGUAUAUGGCAGGAAGAUCCCGAGACUUCAUUCGAUUGCAUGAGGCAGGCCCUCGUGGCCAUCACCAAAGCAGCAAAAUAUCAGCCACGGCGUGAGCUGAUUCCAAGGCUCCAAGAGCUCAAAAAGGCGAUUCGGGACGAUGCACUACAAGCUGUGGGCGAUCGACUUAAUUUCAGGGGUAAAUAUUCAUUGAAAGCGUAAACCAUAAACCAUAAAAGGAUAAUCAGCGACUUUUUGGUGGGACAGAUGGCUGAGACAGUACAUAUUCGAUACAUGUAAUAUUCUCUCAGAAUUGUCUCUUGGUACUUUUUUUACAUUGCUCUCCACUCCCUAC